AUGCCUCGCCGCGCAGCAAAUAGGUCACAGUCGACCCUCUCCUUUGGAGGUCGGGUCACCAAACCAGUCACCGCACCAUCUCAUAAAGCCAAGGCUCUCGAAUCAACCCCAUCGCUGCCCGACACCUCCCCCGCCACUCCCCCGGAGCCCCAGCAGCUGCCUGUCACCCCAAAUGAACCAUCUAAGCCUCAUGUCGCAGAGCUAGCGGUGCGACAACAGGCCGCAGUCGAACACCAAGCACCCUUAUCUGAAGAGGACAAGCGGGCACUGAAGUUGAACAAGCAGGAUAUCUGGCGAUACUGGCAGGCUCAAGAGAAGAGUCGCAUGGCACCUAGGGCCCACCAGGAAGGUAUGGAUGUAGAGGAAAAGAUUCUCCGACAUUUUGAUCUUUCCAGUCAAUAUGGGCCCUGUAUUGGAAUCGCACGAGUCAAGCGAUGGAGACGGGCUAAUCAGUUGAAGCUCAACCCGCCCAUCGAAGUCCUCGCAGUUCUUCUCAAGGGGAAGAACACCAAAGAGCGAGCACAUAUUGACGAAUUGUUAUCCUGA